UUGGGAAGUCAUUUGCAUGUGGUUAAAUGACCAGAAAAAAGCCCCAUACACAUCGUGUGCACUGGUAUGGGCUUGCACAGCCAUGCCGCUAGACAGUGUGCAAUUGCUGAUUAAGGUUAAAACUAUUUUUCACAAUUACAUUGGUUUUGAAGAGGGUAGGUGUGGUUUAAAAUGAAUGUGUGGUGUCUGCUUUAAAGGCAGCAUCUGUGACCAGAUAACAGCACAAGAGAAACACAACUCAAGACUGCUUCUUCUAAAGUGGGUGAUUUAUUACUAAUAUGAUUUGGUCUCAACCUUGUAAGCUGGUAGUAUUUGACAUUUGAAGUCUCAUUUUGUGUAUCUCUUUUUGAACAGAAAGAUGAAGAUCUUAAUUGUAUUUGUUUGGAUGGUUCACCUGUGUUCUUGUUUCUCAGUAAGUAUAUGAACCUCUGUCAGUUUCGAACAGGGCAACUGCAUGUAUUUUAAAUGUUUUUGGGUAUGUUUUAUGAGCCUCUGUAUGACUCCUCUGCAUGUAUACUCCUUUCUGAAGAUACAAAAACAGGCCAGAAGAGCUCGUCAGCUGGGAUGGUGGUUGGGAGACGACUACGAUUACAACUAUCAACCUGUCAUUGAUUUUGAUCCCCCUAAAGACCCCGCCCCAAAGCCUCCACCUGCCCCAGCCCCUACCCAAAAACCUGUGCCUAAUCCUGCCCCAAUACCAAAGCCAGCCCCUACCCCAAAACCUUGUCAAACGCCUGCCCCUCCCCCUUCCAGCACCAGCCCUGCUCCAGAUGUCACUACCACAUCCGCUCCGCAGCCAGUCUUUCUCUUUCCUGCCGCGAAUGGGGAGUCGCCUCAGGUUUUUCUCUUGCCUCCUUCAUCUGGUGGUGCUCAGAAUGUCUUCGUAUUCCCUGCUGGUUUAGAGUCUUUGGUGCCUGAGACUGACUUGGGACCUUCCACCAAUCCUGGGUCACAAUCAACUACCGCGCCACCCUCCGCAUCCUCUCUGGCUCCUCCAGCCGGGCGUCUACCACCUGUGAUCAUCUUCCCUGGCAUAGUGCUUCCAAUUCCUGAAGAGGGAGAGGAUUUUGAUCUGGCUUCUAUUCUCUCACAGUUGCUAGGAAGGGAGAUUUUCCCUGCACAGAUUAAAUCUUAUCCUAUUAAACAAAACUACAAAGAAUGACCAGUGCUUGGGUUGGGUUUGGUUGUAAUCUGAUGGCUUCAUGUGUAUUGUGUGAAAUUAUAUUUCUUGGUUUUGUAUUGCCAAUUGCCUGAUUGCAAAUAAAAUGAUUUUUUUUCUUUAAAUGAAUAAAAUGAUCAGAAAGAAAUAAUCAGCUGUGUGACAUCCUGAUUUGGAGAUGACAACUGUCAUGACGGGGUUAAAUCUUAAUACGCACCAUAAGUUUUGACAAAACUACACAAACAGCAUGGUAAAGUAACUAAUUUCUACAUUCUUGACAUUCAUAUCCUCUGAUGCAUCACAAUUCUGCAAGAAGCAACCCAAAUCUUGCCUAGGGAGUGUGCAAGAAUGAAUCAGUUCAUACAGUAUAUUUCCAUUUUUUUACCUACAAGAGACGACCUUUUAAUUUAGCCAGGUAGAACAGGGUAAUUUGGGGUAAGUUAACCAGGCUCUGUUUAUUAUUUCUUCUGCACUUUAAAUUGUUUCUUCCACCUGUGUUUGCCUGUAAAUGUAUAACAUUGUGGCUGGAGGGUAACUUCCAUGUCAAACCUUGUUGACUUUUGCGGCUUCAACAGAUUGUUUGUUUUUGAGGUGGUGAUGUUUAUUACGUUCCCAUUUUGCAUUCAGUAACCCGUCUAAGCAAAGCAACAGGGAUUUGGGAUGUAUGCGUCUGCCCUUUCAUUUUGUGGUUGGUCUGGUAAAACAACAUGUUUACAAGUGAUGGGAUCAUCACAUCAUGGGAGACUUUUCCACCAACUGUUUAGAAAAACAUGUCAAGACUGUCAUUUGUCAUUGUUCACAUCUCUAAUUUAGGUUUAUUUUCAGACUUUUUUUCCAACAACUCAUUAUUUUUUUGACACAUAAUAAAGAAUACACUUCCGGCGAUGUCAAAGAAAGUGAAUUACAAUGAGGAAAUCCGUUGAGGGGGAAUACUGAUCAUGUACAUGCUUUAUAUAAGCCGGCAUGGUCACUGACCAGUCUUAUUUCCAGUCAAAGGCAGUAGAUUGCUGUUGAAGAAAACUCCACUUUCACUGUUGGAUACAGUUUAUCCUGGAAACCUAGUGUGCACAGUGAAUAAGGUAAAGUUUAAUUCUCCUCUAAUUUGCAUUGGGCAAUGUUUAGGUAAUAGCUCCUUCAUAGGUUCAGAUGUGUUCUCUGUUGAGUUAAAUAGUAGAUCACAAAAGGACAUGCAGUAAGUACUUCAAAUGCUUUUUAAUAAACAGCCAACUCUGUUUUCUCAUAGGACACAAGACGACAAUGGAUGGACUUAAAAUUGCAUUUUUUGUUUGCUUAAUCGCUGCAACAGCCUCUACAAUUUCAGUAAGAAGGAAAAAAAACAAUUGCAUUAAUUUCACUUGAAAUGAGUCUACGAGCUAAAUAAUAAUUGUCUCAUUGCUCUGCGUCCUUGUGCAACAGGCCGGCUUGGACCCUCAGCAGCUCAGAUCUCUCCUUCAACUCAGCCUGGAAUCUCUGGAAUCUAAUGAGUCUUCCUCGGAGGAAGUUGCCACGGCUGACGCCCCCCUUCUACCUGUCGAGCCAGCACCCAUGGCGGAGAGCACCCCCAACACCACUCAUCCAGUGGUCACCAACACAACCACAGGACCUGCUGAAGCAACCUUGGAGCCACAGACUUAUGAACCAGGCUUAGAGUUCCUUGGAACAGGCGCCACUCCUCCUCAACCAGCAGGCACAUUCUCGCCGGAGUCUCCCACAAUGGAGACCACCAAUGUUGCCCCACCUGAGCCUUACCCACUAGAGAAAAACAGCUCUUUGCCUGGACCUGCCAGAGGUGAUAACAUGUAGCACAGUUGUAAUGUUUUGUAUUAACCAGUAUACCCACCACAUUUGAAUGACUCACCACACAUGGUGAGUCAUAAGAAAUGUGUUGUUUGUACUGCCUCAUGUUUAUCCUAUGUCAGAUAUAUACUGUGACUAAAACUGAAAUACGAGCCAUACGUUUUUAAUUAUGAUGAAAGAAUCAAUAUGUUGCAUAGACAUAUAUCCCAAAACCUUUGUUUGGUGAUAUAAUCAAAUGCCGUAUGUAUCAAGGUGCUGAUAUAAAUAAACUGAAACCUCUAUUUUAAAUGUGACAAAGGUACAUUAUUUUGACGAGUGAGAGGAUGAUUAACUCAAGAUUUUGCAUUUGCUACGAUGGUGACGUUUCAGACAAACAGAAAAACAGCUCUUUGCCUGGACCUGCCAGAGGUGAUAACAUGUAGCACAGUUGUAAUGUUUUGUAUUAACCAGUAUACCCACCACAUUUGACUGACUCACCACACAUGGUGAGUCAUGAGAAAUUUGUUGUUUGUACUGCCUCAUGUUCAUGUUUACCCUAUGUCCGAUAUAUACUAAUGUGACUAAAACUGAAAUACGAGCCAUACGUUUUUAAUUAUGAUAAAAAAAUAAAUAUGUUGCAUAGACAUAUAUCCCAAAACCUGUGUUUGGUGAUAUAAUCAAAUGCCGUAUGUAUCAAGGUGCUGAUAUAAAUAAACUGAAACCUCUAUUUUAAAUGUGACAAACGUACAUUAUUUUCACAUGUGAGUGGAUGAAUAACUCAAGAUUUUGCAUUUGCUACGAUGGUGACGUUUCAGACACUGUUCUACAGAUUACACUCUGCAUGACAUUUAAUGCUGGAAUAAAUGUGGCUUCAAUGUUACUUCUGCAUUGCCAUAUUGUGUCAACACUCAUCUUAACCACAGGAGUUGAAAAAAAAAACAGCCUGGUUACAGCUCAAUAAAAGAAAGACACUCUGCCUCUCUGGUUCUGACAUAUAAAAGAACACUGGUUGACAUUUUCAAACGAAUGCCCGAUGUGCAGAGAACAUGAACUUGUGCUUCAUCAUCUUAACUGUCCCAACCCUGAGUGCACUGGCUCUUCGUAAUGUGAGUACAGAGUAAUUUUUCACAAUUGAAUAUAAAGGAGCAAAUAUUAACAGUCCCUGCCCGACUUGAAUCUAAAGGUUUAUUGGAAUAUCUGUUUUUCAAUAAUACUGUAAUGAUGCCAAGAGUGCAGUCAUACUAUUUUCUACACACGUUUUCUAAAAUUCUAUCAUUAUGUUAAUUCACUCAGACAUAGAGUGAAGGCGGAAUGUGGAUAAAUGUACCUGUAAUUUUGUUAGAAGAAAAACCAUAAUUUUAUGAAACCCAUCCAUAGUGAUCAUGUAAUAUGCAGUCUAAAUGUAUUCUUAUUUCUAAUUAUUUGUUUCUUGUUCAAUAAGUAAAUUUGAUCUCGGAAAGCUUUUUGUCAACCACUUCAAUCUCCCUGAUACUAACAAAAAUGCACUAAGCUCAUCAUCAAUUGAAGAACAUGUGAUAUUGUCUAACGACAGUAUGAAUAUGUACUGAAAUGACCGAUUUCUAUCAAGUACAUCAUUGCCAUUAUAUCUCUCUCUUGCUGCCCCCUCAGGUCCCACAGCGCUCAUCUACAGGGACCUCUACAUGUUUAAACAAGAAAAAAUAUUCAAAUCUCCCAUUCACAAUGUGUGUGGAUAAAACUAAUUCAGACAAGCAGCCUCCAGUCAUCUCCAUUCCUCCAGGUUCCCUCAUGUCUACAUUACUGAAGGUCAAGACUGAUAUGCGACAACGUUGGACUUUUAAAACAAAAAGAAAUCCUGAGAUAUAUCCACCUCUUCGCAAAAUCAAGAUAAUGGUAUUCCCUAUUACAUCUAUAGAUCAAGUAAUAAAGUUGUUGAGAAGAAAACCAACGUCAACAACUUCUACAACCACACAACAAACAACUUCAACUCAGGAUUCUACUUCUACAAUUUCAACCGACAGCACUCAAGAUUCUAUUUCUACAACUCAAUCUAAAACCACUCAAGAACCUAUAUCUACAACUCCAUCUGAAACAACCACAUCCGGAGAUUCUGCUUCUACAACUUCAACUGACACCACUGAAGAACCUACAUCUACAACUGAAACCACUGAAGAACCUACAUCUACAACUGAAACCACUGAAGAUUCUGCUUCUACAACUUCAACUGACACCACUGAAGAACCUACAUCUACAACUGAAACCACUAAAGAUUCUGCUUCUACAACUUCAACUGACACCACUGAAGAACCUACAUCUACAACUCUAACUGAAACCACUGAAGAUUCUGCUUCUACAACUUCAACUGACACCACUGAAGAUUCUGCUUCUACAACUUCAACUGACACCACUGAAGAACCUACAUCUACAACUCCAACUGAAACCACUGAAGAUUCUGCUUCUACAACUUCAACUGACACCACUGAAGAUUCUGCUUCUACAACUUCAACUGACACCACUGAAGAACCUACAUCUACAACUGAAACCAGUGAAGAUUCUGCUUCUACAACUUUAACUGACACCACUGAAGAUUCUGCUUCUACAACUUCAACUGACACCACUGAAGAACCUACAUCUACAACUGAAACCACUGAAGAUUCUGCUUCUACAACUUUAACUGACACCACUGAAGAUUCUGCUUCUACAACUUCAACUGACACCACUGAAGAACCUACAUCUACAACUCCAACUGAAACCACUGAAGAUUCUGCUUCUACAACUUCAACUGACACCACUGAAGAUUCUGCUUCUACAACUUCAACUGACACCACUGAAGAACCUACAUCUACAACUCUAACUGAAACCACUGAAGAUUCUGCUUCUACAACUUCAACUGACACCACUGAAGAACCUACAUCUACAACUGAAACCACUGAAGAUUCUGCUUCUACAACUUUAACUGACACCACUGAAGAUUCUGCUUCUACAACUUCAACUGACACCACUGAAGAACCUACAUCUACAACUGAAACCACUGAAGAACCUACAUCUACAACUCUAACUGAAACCACUGAAGAACCUACAUCUCCAACUCCAACUGAAACCACUAGAGAUUCUGCUUCAACAACUUCAACUGACACCACUGAAGAUUCUGCUUCUACAACUUCAACUGACACCACUGAAGAACCUACAUCUACAACUCCAACUGAAACCACUGAAGAUUCUGCUUCUACAACUUCAACUGACACCACUGAAGAUUCUGCUUCUACAACUUCAACUGACACCACUGAAGAACCUACAUCUACAACUCCAACUGAAACCACUGAAGAUUCUGCUUCUACAACUUCAACUGAGACCACUGAAGAACCUACAUCUACAACUCCAACUGAAACCACUGAAGAUUCUGCUUCUACAACUUCAACUGAGACCACUGAAGAACCUACAUCUACAACUCUAACUGAAACCACUGAAGAACCUACAUCUCCAACUCCAAUUGAAACCACUAGAGAUUCUGCUUCAACAACUUCAACUGACACCACUGAAGAUUCUGCUUCUACAACUUCAACUGACACCACUGAAGAACCUACAUCUACAACUCCAACUGAAACCACUGAAUAUUCUGCUUCUACAACUUCAACUGAGACCACUGAAGAACCCACAUCUACAACUUCAACUGAGACCACUGAAGAACCUACAUCUACAACUCCAACUGAAACCACUGAAGAUUUUGCUUCUACAACUUCAACUGACACCACUGAAGAUUCUGCUUCUACAACUUCAACUGACACCACUGAAGAACCUACAUCUACAACUCCGUCUGAAACCACUGAAGAUUCUGCUUCUACAACUUCAACUGAAACCACUGAAGAACCUACAUCUACAACUUCAACUGACACCACUGAAGAUUCUGCUUCUACAACUCUAACUGAAACCACUGAAGAACCUAUAUUUACAAGUCCAACUGAAACCACUGAAGAUUCUGCUUCUACAACUUCAAUUGACACCACUCAAGGAACAGAGGGCCCUCAACAAUCUAUUUCUACAAUUCCAAAUGAAACAACUCAGCCUGUUUCGGAAACCUCUGUGACACCUGAGGAAGGAAGAGGAGAUGUCCCUUCUGGCACUGGCAGUUAAAUGUUUGAAAACUAGCCAGAACAUACAGACAUUUCUGAAAUUAGAUAUUGAUGGAGAUAAUUUCAAACCACUGUUAAUGACUUCAGAAUAUAUUUAUCAAGUGCCUU